GAAGCUUGUGAGGCAUUCUUUGCUCUGAUACUGCUGCUAAUAUGUAUGUGCUGUAUCCAAAAAUUAUCAAAAAAUUUAUUAUAAAGGUCCUGUGUUCGAUCCAAGACUUUCUGGCCAGAACCAACAAGAAUGGUAGUCUAUCAAUCAAAAAAGAGCAAGAGCGGAUAGCGUGCCGCUCGACCGGGAAACACGAAGGUACCACCAUACACCCUCGAAAGAUUCCGAUGGUCACACACAUACACGCGCACACAUGCACCGUUCAUCAUUCUCGUACAAUUUCAUGGAGCAUUCUAGUAACUGGAAAACCCUCUUCCUUCCUUACUUGCAGCGGCAGCCAUCCCGAUUGGAAGAAGAAGAAUAGAUGCAGGGACCCUUUUUUACAUAAUGAAAAAUUCGUUUGUUUGAGAAAGAGGGAGAAAUCAAAAGCAGAUCAGAAACACAAUCGUUUUCGGUGCCAGUGGCAAAAAAAAGUGUGUGCAUUAUUUAGCGGCUAACUAGUGAGCGAGUUAGAGAGAGAAUGUGUGUGUAUAAAAAUAGCGUUGGGUGGGCGGGAACAAUUCUGGUUAAUGAGCUACAGCGUUGAUUGGACGUCGUUAAUGAAGUACGGAAAUCGAAAUUGUGUGCACUGUACAUGUACGUAUUUGUAAUAGCUACAACGUCUCUCUAUCUAUUGCCCGUGUGUUUGCGUGUAUGGUUUGCUGUCGU